CCCACCCCAAUUCCUCCCUCCCCAGAGGAGCAGGCCUCUCUCUCCCCUCCUCCUCCUCGAUCUGCCUGCAAGGGGGCCUCCUCGAUGGCGACGCCUCGCUCCCCGAGCACCCGGGGCGAUGCGCUCCUCGACUCGGCGCCCCUGCUCGGCGGCGGCGGCAGCCGGCGACGUGGGGGCGCGCUCCGCCGGCCGUCGCUCCGCGGCGCGGCCCGGCUGCUGCGGCGCGGCGGGCGGCGCGCGAUGCGGGAGCCGUCGGUGCUGGUGCGGGAGGCGGCCGCGGAGCACCUCGAGGAGCGGCAGGCGGACUGGGCCUACUCCCGCCCCGUCGUGGCGCUCGACCUGCUCUGGAACCUCGCCUUCAUCACCGUCGCCGCCGUCGUGCUCGUGCUCAGCCGAAACGAGAACUCGCCCAUGCCUCUCCGGACCUGGGUCGCCGGCUACGCCCUGCAGUGCGUCGUCCACAUGGUCUGCGUCGCCAUCGAGUACCGGAUGCGCCACGGCCAGCGUGAUAGGGCCCCAGCAUCCGCCGACGAGGAAAGGGGAAGUGACGGGUCGUCCUCAUCUAGUGAUGACGAUGUCGGGGAGGAUGAUCGACGUGGUCGCCGCACCGAUUGCGUCAGUAUUGCAAAGCACCUGGAGUCGGCUAAUACAAUGUUCUCCUUCAUAUGGUGGAUAAUUGGAUUUUACUGGAUAUCUGCUGGUGGUGAAGAGGUUAUCCGUGAUGCACCUCAGCUUUACUGGCUUUGCAUAGUCUUUCUGGCGUUUGACGUUUUCUUUGUUGUAUUCUGUGUUGCUCUGGCUUGCAUCAUCGGCAUUGCUGUUUGUUGCUGCCUCCCUUGCAUUAUAGCUAUUCUGUAUGCUGUUUCUGAUCAGGAAGGAGCAUCUGAAGAUGACAUUCGCCAAAUUCCAAGAUAUAAAUUUCGGAGGACUGAUGAGCCUGAAAAACAAACGACUGAUGAGACACCUUUUGGUGGAAUAAUGACAGAGUGUGGCACCAACCAACCUAUUGAAAAAGUACUCGCACCUGAAGAUGCAGAGUGUUGCAUUUGCCUUUCGGCUUAUGAUGAUGGUGCAGAGCUGCGUGAACUCCCCUGUGAGCACCAUUUCCACUGUGCGUGCAUUGAUAAAUGGCUGCAUAUCAAUGCAACAUGCCCCCUGUGCAAGUUCAAUAUCCGGAAAAGUGGCAGUAGCAGUGGAAGCGAAGAAGUAUGAUCGUGUGAAUAUCCUCUGGUUGAGAACGCCGAUCCAUUUCAACUUCACACCUGUGUCUCUGCUAAUGCAACUGCAGGACCUGAUCACUGUAAAUUUUUUGUAUCCAAAAUGUGUGAUUAGCGUCAUAUAUGUACUUGAAGUGACCCAGACUGCUGUUCAUACCCACAUACAUGGUUGUCCGAUGCGUCUUUUACUGUCUGGAUCAUAUGCUUUAGCUACCCAGUGAGUUGUAAUCCUUCGAGUGAUUCUUACUUUUCUUGCCUCUGUUAGGAUGGUUUGUGCU